CAAACCUGAGGUCAAGCAGCGAACAAGACACUAUGUAAAGGGACUUAAUAGAUUAGAAAAUAACCAGAUAGAAACUCUGGAAAUGACAACUGCUGUUCACCAAAUAUACCUGUGAGACAGAUUUAGUAGAUUACAUCUGUCUCAAGAAAGAAUUGAUUACCCGGAAGAUGAGCCAGAAGAAACUUUCCAGAAGAGUGAAAGAUGGAAAAUACUGAAGAGAGGUUAAGAGAUGUGGAAGGUGUGGAAUAUCAAACAAAUGAUUAAGUUGACACAGGAGCAUAUAGAGGCCCUAUUGGACAAAUUUGGUGGGGAGCAUAAUCCACCAUCAAUAUAUCUGGAGGCCUACGAAGAAUACACCAGCAAGCUAGAUGCCCUCCAACAAAGAGAACAGCAGUUAUUGGAAUCCCUGGGGAAUGGAACUGAUUUUUCUGUUUCUAGCUCUGCGUCAACGGACACCGUUACGUCUUCUUCCUCUUCUAGCCUUUCAGUGCUACCUUCAUCUCUUUCAGUUUUUCAAAAUCCCACAGAUGUGUCACGGAGCAACCCCAAGUCACCACAAAAACCUAUUGUUAGAGUCUUCCUGCCCAACAAACAGAGGACAGUGGUACCUGCAAGAUGUGGAGUUACGGUUCGAGACAGUCUAAAGAAAGCGCUGAUGAUGAGAGGUCUGAUCCCAGAAUGCUGUGCUGUUUACAGAAUUCAGGAUGGAGAGAAGAAGCCAAUUGGCUGGGACACUGAUAUUUCCUGGCUCACUGGAGAAGAGCUGCAUGUGGAAGUGUUAGAGAAUGUCCCACUCACCACACAUAACUUUGUACGGAAAACUUUUUUCACCUUAGCAUUUUGUGACUUCUGUAGAAAGCUGCUUUUCCAGGGUUUCCGCUGUCAAACAUGUGGCUACAAAUUUCACCAGCGUUGUAGUACGGAAGUUCCACUGAUGUGUGUUAAUUAUGACCAACUUGAUUUGCUGUUUGUCUCCAAGUUCUUUGAACACCACCCAGUACCACAGGAGGAGGCCUCCUUAGCAGAGACUGCCCUCACAUCUGGGUCAUCGCCUUCCGCACCUCCCUCAGACUCUAUUGGGCACCAAAUUCUCACCAGUCCGUCCCCUUCAAAAUCCAUUCCGAUUCCACAGUCCUUCCGACCAGCAGAUGAAGAUCAUCGAAAUCAGUUUGGGCAACGAGACCGGUCUUCAUCAGCGCCUAAUGUUCACAUUAACACAAUAGAACCUGUCAAUAUUGAUGACUUGAUUAGAGACCAAGGGUUUCGUGGUGAUGGAGGAUCGACCACGGGUUUGUCUGCCACUCCCCCUGCCUCAUUACCUGGCUCACUCACUAGUGUGAAAGCUGUACAGAGAUCCCCAGGACCUCAGCGAGAGAGGAAGUCGUCUUCCUCCUCAGAAGACAGGAAUCGAAUGAAAACUCUUGGUAGACGGGAUUCAAGUGAUGAUUGGGAGAUUCCUGAUGGGCAGAUCACCGUGGGACAGAGAAUUGGAUCUGGAUCAUUUGGAACCGUCUACAAGGGAAAAUGGCACGGUGAUGUGGCAGUAAAAAUGUUGAAUGUGACAGCACCUACACCUCAGCAGUUACAGGCCUUCAAAAAUGAAGUAGGAGUACUCAGGAAAACACGACAUGUGAAUAUCCUACUUUUCAUGGGCUAUUCCACAAAGCCACAGCUGGCUAUUGUUACCCAGUGGUGUGAGGGCUCCAGUUUAUAUCACCAUCUCCACAUCAUUGAGACCAAAUUCGAGAUGAUCAAACUUAUAGAUAUUGCACGGCAGACUGCACAGGGCAUGGAUUACUUACACGCCAAGUCAAUCAUCCACAGAGACCUCAAGAGUAAUAAUAUAUUUCUUCAUGAAGACCUCACAGUAAAAAUAGGUGAUUUUGGUCUAGCCACAGUGAAAUCUCGAUGGAGUGGGUCCCAUCAGUUUGAACAAUUGUCUGGAUCCAUUUUGUGGAUGGCACCAGAAGUAAUCAGAAUGCAAGACAAAAACCCAUAUAGCUUUCAGUCAGAUGUAUAUGCAUUUGGGAUUGUUCUGUAUGAAUUGAUGACUGGGCAGUUACCUUACUCAAACAUCAACAACAGGGACCAGAUCAUUUUUAUGGUGGGACGUGGCUACCUGUCUCCAGACCUCAGUAAGGUACGGAGUAACUGUCCGAAAGCCAUGAAGAGAUUAAUGGCAGAGUGCCUCAAAAAGAAAAGAGAUGAGAGACCACUCUUUCCCCAAAUUCUCGCCUCCAUUGAGCUGCUGGCCCGCUCAUUGCCAAAAAUCCACCGCAGUGCAUCAGAACCCUCCUUGAAUCGGGCUGGUUUCCAGACAGAGGAUUUUAGUCUAUAUGCUUGUGCUUCUCCAAAAACACCCAUCCAGGCAGGGGGAUAUGGAGAAUUUGCAGCCUUCAAGUAGCCACACCAUCAUGGCAGCAUCUACUCUUAAUUCUUAAGUCUUGUGUUCGUAAAAUUUGUUAACAUCAAAACACAGUUCUGUUCCUCAAAUCCUUUUUUAAAGAUAUCAGAUUUCCAAUGCAUAAGCUGUGUGGAACAGAGUGGAGUUUCCUAUUCAAGAAAAGAGGGAAGAAUGUUUUAGGAUCCAGACACCUCUGCUGCCAGUGUUUCUUCAACACAAAUACCACGUGCCCACUCCCAGACGAAGAGGAGGACCCCGAGCCCUGGCCUUUUGACAGUCAGGCUGAUGGAAGGUGCUGCUGCAGCUUGGGAGACUGGGAAGACCUGCCGGCCCACUUGCCUGUGACCGCCGGGUGGACGCGCGGCCGAGCCUCUGGCAGGGCAGUUCCGUCACCACGCGGCAUCCUCUUGCCUGCUCUGGGAGCUUGCUGUGGAGCUCCUCCCCGAGCUGUCCCGGUUCACUGCUGAGGGACGGAACAGAAGUGCAGCAUGCCGGUCCUGUGUGGGGCGCGUCCAGUCCUGGGGGUGGCAGGGGGAGCCAGGGGGGAGGUGACCAGGAGCGGGGGUCUGGGCAGAGGGAAAUGGGAUGCUGCAUCUUCUCCCUGACCUCACGGAGGGGCCGCCUAACCACGCAGGCUGCAGGGCGCGUGCUCUCAGUGGGUCCAGCAAUGCAGGUGGCGGGGGACGUUUCUCCUGCACGACGUAGCAGAUUCUCAGGACAAUUCAGUUUGUGUCUUCUCCUGCGCUCUUCCAGUCACCAAGUACUUACGUGGCUACCUUGUCCAGAGCAUAAAAUGCCAGGGGCAAUAACUAAUUUAAAAGCCUGCAAAACUGCUUAAUAACAGUUUUGAAUGUGAUAAAUUUGUGUAAUUUAAAUGUAAGAUACAGGUUUUAAUUUCUGAGUUUCUUCUAUUUUUAUUAAAAAGAAAAUCUCAAAUUUAAUUGAAUUGGAAUAAAAACACUUCCCAUGAGAAUUGUAAUGUGCUGAAAAUUGUAUUUUUGUUAUAUAAACAACAUUUAAAGAAAGAUCAUUAUCCUUUUCUCUAAGUAUGGGGAGUCUUAGCAUAAUGACAAAUAUUUAUAAUUUUUAAAUUAAUGAUACUUGCUGGAUCCACACUAAUAUCUUUGCUAAUAAUCUCAUUGUUUCUUCCAACUUAUUCCUACACUACAUCCUACAUCUUCUUUCCUAGUCUUUUUUUUUUUUUCUAGAAUAUGCAAUCUAAAAUAAAAAUGGUGGUGUCUCCAUUCAUUCUCCUCCUGUUUUUCCCAAGCCUGGUCUUCAAAAGGUUGGGUAAUUAGGCACCUGAGUUCCACAGGCAGAGACCAGCAAAUUUGAGAAUAUUGGCACCAAGGGAGAGUAUGUGGAGCCUCAUCAGUUGCUUUUACAGAAAAAGCUCAUGUGGUAUUAAGAACCUAAUUUUUCUAAACUUUGCACAAAUGAAGAAAAUGUAUGAUCUAUCUAUAGCUUCCCUUGACCUUUAUUGAAGGGUAGUAUAAAUCUGAGUAGUAGCAAAGAAAGUGACUGUGGCUACUUGAGGGACAGAUACCUCCUGUCUCAGGAGUCUAGGGUCUCUUACAGGAGUUAGCAGAUGGAGCUGGCCCAGCUAAGCGGCAGCCAAGAACCUGCACCGGGACAGAGAGAUGCUGUUUCGUGGUUGCAGACCGUAACUCCUGGUCCAGCUGUCGUAUUGCAGCCUCCUCGCUCCCAGUAAGUGAUUUUGCUAACAUACCUGUGUUGGGUAGAAGGUCACUCAGAAUUUCAUGGACUUGAGAAAGGUUGUUCACGGAACUUGGAAACUUGUUAACCUUUUUGGAAAAGCGGUGUGUGUUUAAGUCUUACGUGAGCAGAGCAGUGUCUUACAGAAUUCACAAACUGCGAAGCUGGAGUGACCGUGGACCUCCGCACGCAUUGCGGCCUCUGAAAGGCGCUGGGCAUGCUUUGUUAAAUGUGUCUGUGUGGAUGCUUUUAGACGUGGCUGUGUUCCCUUGGCCAAGGUUGGCUCAGAACUUAGAACUCAGCUGAGGAGGAAGCUUUGCGUUGCAUUUUCUAGACAAGAGUAGGGUGAGAUGCUGUUUUCUUCCCUUUCAUUUCCGAGUGGGUGCUAUCAUCUGAAUGAGGGAGGAGACUUGACAUCAAAUGAAGCUGUGCCCGGAAGCCUGGCUCAGGGAUUGAGAGGUUUUCCCGUUUUUCCAUCAAAUAGUUUUUUUCUUUACUUUUUAUUUAAGUGACAUGAAAAGGGGUCUCUUUUGAGUUAGAUUUGCUUUAUUUUUUUGAUGCUUAAACUACAGACAGACUUGCUGAGCUCCUAAGAAAACACGAGGAAGAAGUCCUCAUGUGUGCGAAGCACUUUAUGAGUCGUUUGUGUAGACUGUGGCUGCUGCUCCGAUCGUCUUGUAGGGCGGUAACUCCACCCGUCGUCUUGUAGCGCGGUAACUGUUACUCCCGUUUCUGCAAGUGGCUGCCGAGCCUUCUCUAGGGAAUCCGACUUGUGAUAGGGUGAGAGGAGCUCUAAAGGAAUGCUUCUAACCUAGUCCUUUGCCACUGAAAUAAUAUUGCCCCUCAAAAGUAGUUUAUAGGACUUGUGGACUUAAAAAUCCGAUGUGAUCAUUGUACAUAGGUACACGCUAAAGGAAGAUUCUGUCUAGCCAUCAGUUCUGGUUCCUGAACGUGCCAUCCCUGGUAUGAGAUCUGGAAGGACUCGGGGGCGUCCUGAAGCCGAUGCCCCGUGUAAGCCCCAUGCGUGGUAACUAACUGCGUCGGAGAACAGAGCGCGCGAUGUCAAAUGGGGCAAGACCUGCGUGCGGAGGCGUCCUCGGGGCGCACCGGCUCGUGUGCGCACCGUGUUGCUCGGCGCUGGUCGGGCCCUGCCGGAGAUGCUGCACAACCGCCGCCUCUCUCGCCGGCCCGGCCAGCCCCUCGCCCCUCGCCCCUCGCCCCUCGCCCCUCGCCGUCCAGCUCCAGGGUGAAACACGUCGCAGGGUUCAGACGACCUCUUGAGAAACUAGCUCCUUCGGAUGAGGCUAUGAUAGCUCUGUAUCUUGAAAGGCGAGGAGCAGGAGCUGAGGACGGGGGAGACUGGAGAUGGUGACCUCCGUGCGCACUUGCAUCUUGAGCACUCCCAUUCUGUCCUAAGGGCAUUGUACAUUGACGCAGAGAUGCUGUGUCCGAGUGCUGCUGAAAGUGGUGCCGGCACCUGCUUAGGGGUAGCCUCAGAGUGCUAACCGUAAUCUUCUGCAUGAACCGAAGUUGUUAGGGUAUCACUUCGCUAAGGUGAGCCAGCUUUUAAUUCCCAGUAGGUUUGGCAUGACAGCACAGCUUCCUGAGCUAGCCACAGCGCUCAGAGACCGCCCAGCUCAGAGGGUGCAAUGGCUCCCCUUCUCUAUCCCAGCUGGCAAUGUGAGCGCCGGAACAGCAGCGCCUGGAGACGCAGGUGCCAGUCACCAGGCUGCAGGCAGACGGAAGCCAGAGAGGGAAGGUUGACGGAGUCUGAGCAGCAGAUAGUUCCGCAGUCUUACAUAGACAUGGUGGAAGGCUCUAGGAUACCUUGAGAAUUUGCCAAAUGAUCUUACUGUGCCUUCAUGAUGCAAUAACAAAGCUAAACUCUUAGCAGAAAUCAGUGAUACAUGAAGAGAGCAGCCACUCUGGUUUAACUCAGCUGUGUUAGUAUUUUUUUAAGCGUGCAAUUUAGACUGCAAAGAUAAAUGCACUGAAGAGUUUAUAGCCAAAACCACAUUUAAAAAAUGAGGACACACAGGUAAAUUUUCAGUGAAUAAAAUUAUUUUUUUAAAGUACAUAAUAGAAAUAUUUAUCACAUAGAGCAACUAAGUUGAAAUUAUAGUUCUGUGACUUUCUAGAGAAACUUUUGUAUUCCCAUAGGUUCUUGAAAGCAUGGGCCUUUUAUAUAACAAACGUUUGAGAGACGUUUUAAGAAACUGCUCUAGUUUAGGGUUGAAGUAUUGCAUGCUGGGCAGCAAUUGUGUGUUAAAUUAGUGAAAAGGGAGAAAUUAAAUCACAGGACAGCAUUUGAUGGGAUCAGUUUCCAGAGCACUGCUGCCAACCUAGACACUGAUUUUCAAGGUCUGAAAUGGGAACUUGCCUCCCAGGACUCGUCUGCUAGUGAGGCUGGACUGUGCUACGCGCCUGCCCUGGUGCACUGAGUCUGGAACUGAGAGCGACCUGGCUGGCCAGGGUAAAACUGGCCAUGCUCCACGGUGUGCUUCUGGUGUCUUGUUUCAUCCCUCAUGAACGUCAGCCUGUGGUCUCCAGCAUCCUGCAGUGUCUUCCUGAGAUACUGCUGAUGCCCGAGGGAGCGGAAUGAGCCCCGGCUGAGGGCAGUCGCAGCUCUGCGCCCAGAGGUCAGAGGUGAGGGCCUGUAGGUUAGCCAGAGCAGAGUGACGCAGCCAGUGUCGCAUGGUCCACGCUGCCAGCUCUGGGGAAACAGUCAUCCUAGGAUCCUUAGGUCAGCACAGUAGACCGCUUGCUGCUGCUGUUUUCAGAUCACCUAUUUUCAUUCUCUUGGGCAGAGACAGGUGGGAGUUGAAUCCUAAUUUCUGUUACAUCUUCUUUAUCUUCAUUUUGUUCCUAAUUGUGGAAGGGGGGAUUCACUGUUCCUACCAAGGCUGCUAAGGAACUGUUACCAAUGCUUUAAGAAACACCAUAGCAGCACUUGCAACCUGGUAAAGUGAGUAGGUUCCUUAGGUCAGUGUGCACAGCCUCACCCUGACAUUUAGUUACAUUAUUAGAUCAGUUUCAUUAGUGUUUACUUUAUUUAGCUAUUCCGAGUACAACUAGUUCUGCAUGAGGACACAGCCAGUGUAUCCUUUUUGUGGUGCAUUUCUUACAGGAAUUCUGUAGAUUGAAAUACUCUGAAAACAGAACGGAAAUGUUUAUUCGUGUUCAUGUGAGAAAGUCUGUGUGUACAAACCCUCUGCUUUGCCCAGCAGGCUGAGCGCUCACCUGCGGCCCCGUGCUGGGCAGCCGGCAGCUGAAGAGGCUGCUCACGGGGCUGGGAAUGGGAGUGGGCUAAACUGCUCAGUCCCUCUUUGGUUUUGCAAGUUACUGUUGCAUUUGUGUGUUCAGCCUUUUGUGUGAGUUGCACAGGAAAUGGCAGACUAGCAUCAGCAGCAGAGAGACUAGGCACAAAUGCAGAGAACGUGGACCACGACGGGAGGGGCGGGAGUGAGUCUGAGGAUAGGGCAAAACCAAUGGGGGGGGGGGUUCUCUACAAUUACCUAAAAUGUAAGAGUGCAAUAAGUGUGCUUUUCAUUCUAAGCUGUGAACGGUUUUAAAAAAAGAAAUCAUCCCUUCCAGCAGCAUCUGUGUAUGUUCCAUAGCUGAUUCACACCAGCUGUGCGAGCACACGCCUUCUUAUUCCUGUUGAUCACCAACCUAAGUGACACCUUCCUGUCUUAUUUCUCUUCAUGUGGUUAGUUUACAUACACGGGUGUGUGUGUGAGGGUGUGUGUGUGCACACACGCACGGUGCCCUUCUCCUGCCUUCAUUUGAAAACGCGCUCACUGGGCCCCCUGCCAUGCCCACGGCGGCCUCGCGGGCCUCCUCCAUGUCAGUGACGGCAUCGGUGGUGGCUCCACGCCUGGGUGUGCAUCUGCUUCCCUCAGCGGCGACUGCUCCUAGGGUAGGACGUGCGACUGACGGGGGUGGCCCUUCCCACGGCAGCGUCUGUCUCUGAACUCUGCUCCGUAGUUGUGCUUGCUCUGUGGUUUGGUUUAGACCAAGAAAGAGGAAACGUCCUCCCGUUUCGUGUACGUGGAUUGAGGACGCGUCUCCUGCCAGGGAGAGAAGGGAACUGCUUCCUGUGUGCGGUGCUGGGAGCUCCCGCCCCGCGCCCUGCAGCCCGCCACUCUCACAUUCCUCUCCUUACUGCCAAAGGUUCAGGUUCUGUUCCGGUCAGUUCCACGCAGACACUGCACGGGUUCUCCUGCAGUCCGAGGUGUGCCCAGUGACAGGGUGGGGACUUUUUACUUGUCCACAGACCUCUCUUAUACCUGCUUUGCAAAAAUUACAAUGGAGUAACUAUUUUUAAAGCUUAUUUUUCAAUUCAUAAAAAAGACAUUUAUUUUCAGUCAAAUGGAUAAUGUCUCCUUCUUGUCCCUUAAUCCUCAAUGUUUGCUUGAACCUUUGCCUUUUUUUAAAAAUUCUUCCCCACACCCACUUCUUGAUCCUUUGGUUCUCUUUCCUGCUCAGGUCCCUUCAUUUGUACUUUGGAGUUUUUCUCAUGUAAAUUUGUACAAUGGAAAAUAUUGUUCAGUUUGGAUAGAAAGCAUGGAGAAUUAAAUAAAGAUAGCUGAAAUCAGAUUGAAGACAUUUAUUUCUGUGUAAAGUUAUUUAAAAACUCUGUAUUAUAUAAAAGGCAAAAAAGUUCUAUGUACUUGAUGUGAAUAUGCGAACCUGCUAUAAUAAAGACUGACUGCAUGGACA